AUGGGCGCUGCAAGGCUUUUGAACACCGCGUCUCGCCUGCGUUACCCGGCGAUCGCUCUAGCUGCUGCCGCAUGCGCCGGCAUUCAUAGUUCGACGCGACGCAGCAACCUUGUCAGACUCGACAGCCCUCCAAGCCCUCCGAUUCCGCAAGAUGCCUCGCUCAUCGCGUACGGCCGCCGCCUCCAGAGUCAUUAUGCUCAAGUCGAAGAUCCUAAGCAUGCUACAAAGAGAGGUGAUGCUGCCAUCAUCGACAAGAGCAAUGAUCCUGACCGAUACGUCCCUCUGUUUGAAAGCGAUGACGAGAACUCUUGGGCUGCGUUCUCAAGAAACUUCGAUAACGUCACCGAGGGCAUUGCCAGGAUACAAUGGACCACCCUGGGCGACAAGAUAGUUGACUGGGUAGUACCCAACUGGGCCAAACUUCUGCCCGAUGGAUUCGCGAAGCUCCAAUUCGAGCUGUCCAUGGAGCCUGGAAGUCUGGCCGAUGAGAUUUGGCAAGAGGCGCAUGAUCCAUCCAUCAACCCCGAGAUAACGUGGAACGCGACAGUCCGUGUUGGGGAUUCCCUCGGCAAAGAUGAGCUAGCAUUUCGACGGAAACGGAAACGAUACGUAGUCAAGGCAUUGGCAAAAUACCUCAACAUUGACGAGAAAGAGAUACACCCUGACGAUGUGCCGACAAUCGCCAUGUGUGGCUCUGGCGGUGGCCUUCGAGCAAUGGUGGCCGGGACCAGCAGCUACCUCUCAGCGCAAGAGGCUGGUCUUUUUGACUGUGUGACAUAUACCGCCGGAGUCAGCGGUAGUUGUUGGCUACAGACGCUAUUCUACUCGUCUUUGGGAAAGCAGGACCAUCGACAGCUGCUCAAGCACAUCAAGUCGCGCAUCGGAACACACAUCGCAUUUCCUCCGCCUGCUUUGAAGCUCGUGACCUCUGCUCCAACCAACAAAUUCAUCCUCAGUGGCUUCAUUGAGAAACUCAAGGGAGACCCCGGUGCUUCUUUUGGGCUGGUCGACAUUUACAGCCUGCUUCUGGCUGCCAGGCUUCUAGUCCCAUAUGGUGAUUUGGCAGUGAACGACGUCGACCUGAAAUUGUCUAAUCAGCGCAUGUACAUCGAAAAUGGCCAGUAUCCCAUGCCGAUCUACACUGCCGUACGACACGAGAUUCCGGUUGAUGUGGAAGAACAAGAGGCAGCAAAAGGUGACUUGGCACUCAAGCAGAAGGUCAGGGAGGUCGCAAGGAAAGAAGCAUGGUUUCAAUGGUUCGAGAUGCAUCCCUGGGAAGUCUGGUGCGAAGAGUUUGGCGCUGGCAUACCCACCUGGAGUCUGGGACGGCCAUUCAAGAAUGGGCAAAAUUUGGUCCUCGAGACCGGUGUUACAUUGCCAGAGAUCCGCCAGAGUCUCCUCCUUGGGAUCUGGGGCUCGGCCUUUUGUGCCACACUAUCUCACUACUACAAGGAGAUCAAGCCUGCUCUGCUAGGCAUGGUUGGCUUCGAUGGGAUUAACAUGCUCCUCGAAGGGAAGAACGAAGACCUCAUCAAAAUCCAUCCCAUCGAGCCGGCUACCAUUCCCAACUUCGUCUAUGGCAUGGAUAAGCAACUCCCGUCAACUUGUCCCGACUCUGUCUUCAAGACCGACCACCUUCAGCUGAUGGACGCCGGAAUGUCCAACAAUCUCCCGAUCUACCCUCUCCUCCGACCCGGCCGUGACGUGGACAUCCUCAUCGCGUUCGACGCUUCAGCAGACAUACAAAAGGAGAAUUGGCUCUCCGUGGUCGACGGCUAUACCCGCCAACGCGGCAUCAAAGGCUGGCCUAUCGGAGCAGGUUGGCCCAGAGCCUCCUCCAAGCCACAGGAGCACGCGAAAGCACUUGCAGAGGCCGAGGCGAGCACCGCCCAAGAAGCAGCCACCAAGCUCGCCGAGGCAAGAGAAGAAGAUCGCGAACAAAAAGCGGCGGCAGAAGGAAAGAGUAACGCCCCGGAAAGCCCGACUACAGGCUCCGCGCCUGAUGCCGCCAGCACGCUAGGACCAUGUUCUGUCUGGGUCGGCAGCAGAGCUGAACGAUCCAGUGAAGAAGAGCCGCCUCCGUCAAAAACAUUGGACUGGGACAUCCCUGACGGCGACACAGAAGACUCAAAUUCGCCGCAGUUCCAACUCAUGAGCCCCGAUGCUGGCCUCGCCGUGAUUUAUUUUCCACUACUGCCUCAUCCCAAAGUCCCCGGCGUCGACCCGGACAAGUCGGAUUUUCUGUCCACGUGGAACUUCAUCUACACCCCCGAGCAGGUCGACAAGGUAGUUGAACUGGCUCGAACCAAUUUUAGUGAAGGCAAGGAAAAGGUCAGGCGGACCGUGCGGGCAGUCUAUGAAAGGAAAAAGAAGGAGAGGAAGGAACGGGAGGAGAGAUUGAACGGUAAAAAGUGGAAGUGGAGGAUGCGACAUGCAGGGGAUUCUUUUGCUUGA